AUGGGGUAUCGCCUGGAUAAACGCGGUGGUAGGAUGCUGCAGGAGGGCUUGUCAGACACGUGUGACGCGGGGAAGGGCCGGACGAAGGGUUCGUACCUCUACGGGUCACAGCUAUCACACUUCUCGUCGUGCUUGACCGUCUUGACAUUCGAGACGCCGCAGUUUGCACUUCUUGAUGCAGCGCAUGGGGCCUCGUCUAUCGUCGAGUGGCCGCAGCCGUACUUGUGUACGACCUUUGUGCACAUGUUGGCGGAAAUAGGCGAGGACGCAAGCAAGGCGCGUUGCGUUGCACGGCGGGAGGGGGGGCGCCUUGUGCGGGCGGCGCUGAGGGUCGUGGGAGGAGGACAGCGGGGGUGGAGUGGAGGGGGGGCGCGCCGAUUGGUGGGACAGCAGCAGGACCGCAGGGGAGCUCCUUCUGAGUUGGUCGCAGACGGAAGGCACCCGUGGGCGCUGGGACAGGACAGUGACGGAGCUCGGCUCGACGAAAUGGAGAAAUGGAGAAUUGGAGAAUUGGUGGAUGCUUGGGUGCUGGCGGGUGCUGGCGUGUGCUGGCGGGCGGCUGGUGGGCGGCUGGUGGGUGCUGGCGGGCGUCUGGCGGGCGUCUGGCAGGAGAUGGGAUGGGAACUUCAAGAAGGGCAAGCAGCGGGAUGUGGAGCAGCAAGUCAAGGUAGCUCGCCAGCUAAAUGGGCAGCCGAGCAGAGCAAUGACAACAGAAGCGUGCCGGGAGAGGAUGGUACGAUCGUUCCAAAGGGGGCAGCCGGGGCAGCAGGAGAGUUUUAUAAGACAAACAUCGCAGCGUGCCGGACUGACGGUACCUCUGGACAGACGUUAGAUUACUGCCGCUGCCCGUUUGCAACGAGAGUGCGACAGUCGUGUACAGCCGUUGGCUCCGUCCGGAAAGGCAAGGACUGA